AUGAUCAAUUAUCAAUAUUGGCAAUAUUUAAUAAAAUUUGGAUUUGUUUUUAUGAUCAUAUUGAAUAAUGAUUUAAUUAUUACAUGUCAACAAUCAAUCCAUAAUGAUUAUGAUCCAAAUUAUCAAAUAAAUCAUGAAUUCAAUGAAUAUGAUAUAUUAACAUCGAAUUUAAUAAAUAUACAAAAGAAACCAUAUAAUUUAACAUUAUUCAAUAUACAAGAUUCAAUACCAAUAUCAGCUAUAUCAUUAGCUAUUGUAUUUGAUUCAACUGGUUCUAUGGGUAAUGAUUUAAAACAAGUGAAAAUUGGUUCAAGACGUAUAUUACAAAGACAUUUACAACGUGGUGAAUCAAAUUAUAUAAAAGAUUUUGUUUUAGUUAAAGUACAUGAUCCAGAUGUUGGACCAGCUAAAGUGACAACAUCCACUAAAACAUUUUAUGAAUAUUUAGAUAAUGUUUAUACUCAAGGUGGUGGUGAUUGUCCAGAAAUGACAAUAACUGGCAUUGAAUUAGCAUUGGAAGCAUCUAGACCAAAUUCAUUAAUUUAUGUUUUUACAGAUAGUAGCGCUAAAGACUAUAAUCGUACAGAGAAAGUACUCAAUUUAAUACAACAAAAACAAAGUCAAGUUGUAUUUGUUCUAACUGGAUUUUGUAAUACAACGGAUGAACCUGGUUUUGAAGCAUAUCGUCAGAUUGCUACAGUUAGCUCUGGUCAACUUUAUAUUAUUGGUAAAGGUCAGGUUAAUGAAUUUAUGCAAGUGGUUGAAGCUGCUGUUGAAGCACGUAAAGUACAUAUACUUCAACAAGAUACAUUGAAUACCGAAUCAAAAACUUAUAGUUUCCCAGUCGAUUCUCAUUUAUCACAAUUAACUAUACAAGUAACAAAUCAUCAACGUGAUCGUGCAAUUAAUGUAAAAAUUCGUAAUCCUGAAGGAAAAUUAAUUGAUAAGGAAGAUGGUCUAAAACAAUUAAUGAAAGCUGUGAAAUCUGUAUUUGUCGGAUCGAUUGAUCGACCUAAACCAGGUCAGUGGACAUUAGAAGUUGGCAUUGAUACAGAAGAAACUGAUUCGGAAACAAUGGAUAUGAAUAACGAUAAUAAUAAUAUUAAUAAUGAUAGUAAUUUACAACGUGAACGAUGGAUUUCUGUUCGAGUUUCUGGUAUAAGUGAUGUUGAUUUUUUGCAAGGUUUUUCAACAACACCAAAAUUGUAUAAUUAUGGUGCAUCAACACAACCGAUUGCAGGUGUUCAAAAUUACAUUAUGGUUAAUAUGACUGGACGAUUUCUACCAGGACAAAUUGAUCAUUUUGAUAUGCGUGGAUCAAAUGGUUCAUCAAUUGUACGAUUACCUGUACAACAAACUGAAACAUUUCAAAUUUAUGUUAGUCAACAAGCAAUGGAACCAAUUACUGGACAUUAUUAUCUUGAAGUAUCUGGACGUGAUGGACAAGGUUAUCCAUUUCAACGUUGUUCUAAAGUAGCAUUAUCUUCUAGACAACCACAACAAAUUGUUGUUACAUGUCCAGCACAAAUUGAUGUUAGAAGAGGAGCUACAGCAGAAUUAUCAUGUUCUGUAACAAGUGAAAUACCAUAUACAGUAAAAUGGUUUAAAGAUAAACAACCAAUUACAGGAUAUCAUGAUGAAAAUAAAGUUUACAAUUUCCCAACUAAUGUUUUGUAUACAAUUACUGAUGUCAAUGAAGAAUCACAUGGGAUUUAUUCAGUAGAAGUAAUACCUACAGUUACUGAUGAUGAGAAAAAGAUUGAUGGUCUAUAUAAAGAUGAAAUAUCUGUGAAUAUAUUACCACCUCCUCCUCGUGUUUUAAUACCACGUAAUGCAAGUUUGGAUGAAAAUAUUGAAGUAAAAUGGUAUCGUGGUUUAGAUCCAAGAUUUGAAUUAAAAAAUGGACGUCGUCAUACAAUUAAAUUGAAUCAAGAUACACCUGCAGGUGGUUUAGCAUCAGCAUUCACCAGUACUUUAACAAUAAGGUCUGCUACUGAAAGCGAUUCGGGCAAGUAUAUUUGUGAAGCUGAACAUAAAGGUGGCAUAAGUGAAGCGGAUGGAUUCCUUAUUAUACACACACGUCCUGUUGUGAAUACAGACGAAGAAAUUGUAACAUUUAAAGAAGGUAGUUCACUUGUAUUAAGUUGUCGUUCAGAAGGAGUACCAAAACCAAAAAUUAUUUGGGCAUAUAAUGAUGUACCAAUUACAAUAUCCACUGAUGAUGAUCAACGUAUAACAGUGAUUGAAGAAUAUUUUGAGUCAAGAUUAAUUAUUCGUCCAGCGAAAUCCGGUGAUGCGGGCAAUUAUUCUUGUAUAGCUAUUAAUUCAGCUGGUAAUCGUACAAUCAAUAUUCUCGCUAACUUUAUAUCACCGCCGAAAAUCGAUAAACUAGAAAUAUCUAGUCUAUUGCCAGUUGAAGGUCAAGAACAAAUAUUUACAUGCCAUGUUACUGGUAAACCGAAACCUAAAGUAAAAUGGGAUUUUAAUGGAAGUCCGGUUACUAGUAGUCCAGGAAUUCAUAUUGAUGAAGAAAGAGGAGUACUGAAAUUACUUUCAGUUCGUCAAGAUAUGAAAGGAGAAUGGACCUGUCUUGCUGAAAGUAUAGCUGGUUAUACAAGAGAAUCUGUACUAAUGGAUGUUGGAUUUCCACCUAAAGUACUUACAGAUUUUACAAAUUCAAAAGUAUUAGCUGAAUUUUCAAUGGAUACAACUUUAAGUUGUCCAAUAACUGGUCAACCUCUUCCUAAUAUUAAAUGGUAUCGUGUUACUGGUUCAGGGAAUAUACCAUUAAAUUUUGGUAAUCGUUAUAUAUUACAAGCGGAUAAUUCUUUAUUAAUACAUGAUGUAAACAUGGAAGAUGGAGGUGUUUUCAUAUGUGAAGCUGUUAAUAUGUAUGGUAAAGUGAGUCAUUCAGUCACCGUUGAAAUUGGAGGCACAAUUAUGCAUGAUAGAUAA